ACUCGGUACGAAUAUUACAUCCAAAACAUGGCGAAGGGCCUGAACCACUGGGCUGACAUCCUGAUCGUCGUUACCUACUUCGUGGUAGUGAUUGGCGUCGGCCUCUGGUCGCUCCGAAGACCAAACAGAGGAAAUGUGAAGAGCUACUUCCUGGCUGGAAGGUCCAUGCCGUGGUUUGCGGUCGGUGCGUCACUGUUCUCCAGUAACAUUGGCAGUGAGCAUUUUGUGGGAUUGGCAGGCGCGGGGGCCUCGUCAGGGAUUGCACUAGUUCUGUAUGAGUGGUUUGUAAUAUUCUUGAUCUUGUUGUGCGGCUGGCUGUUCCUACCUGUCUACAUAUCGGCCGGGGUAUACACACUUCCAGAGUAUAUCGAGAGACGGCAUGGCGGCCGGAAGUUGAGAGUUUACCUCAGUUGUAUAGCCCUGAUCUUGUACGUGGUCUCCAAAUUGGCAGUUAGUAUCUUUGCCGGGUCCAUGUUUAUUCAGAUGACGCUCGGAUGGGAUAUGUACUUGUCAAUAAUUGUACUGUUGGUGAUUACAGCGAUAUACACUAUUCUAGGUGGAUUAACAGCAGUGAUGUACACAGACACAUUCCAAACAGCUGUCAUGAUACUUGGAUCUCUCUCGAUUGUGGUUAUUGGAUUCAACAAAGUGGGCGGCUUAAAUGCUUUGGAAACAAAAUACAUGAGAGCUAUUCCAAAGAUCCGAAACAAUGCCACGACAUGCGGGAUUCCGAAACAGGAUGCCUUUAAAGUCUUCCUUGACCCAAUAAACGGAGAGUACCCAUGGCCAGCCCUUGUCCUGCAAAGUUCCAUUGGCAGUCUGUGGUACUGGUGCUGUGACCAGGUGAUUGUCCAACGUUCUUUAGGAGCAAAAAAUCUAUCCCAUGCGAAGGGUGGUUCAAUACUUGCCGGCUACCUCAAGACCCUGCCUCUCUUCCUAAUCGUUUUCCCAGGCAUGAUCAGCAGGGUUUUGUUUCCAGACGAGGUAGGGUGUGUGGACCCAGAUGAAUGUUCCCGGAUAUGCGACAAUCCGGUUGGAUGUUCUAACAUUGCAUACCCCAAAUUGGUUCUUGAGCUACUUCCGGUCGGUCUGCGCGGCCUCCUGAUGGCAGUUAUGGUGUCCGCCAUAAUGAGUUCUCUGACGUCAAUCUUUAACAGCUCCAGUACUGUAUUUACUAUGGAUGUAUGGCGUAGGGUCAGAACUAAAGCAUCUCAACGAGAGUUACUACUUGUUGGAAGACUGUUCGUGGUAGUAUUGUGUGUCAUAAGUAUUCUAUGGAUUCCAUUGGUCAAGUCCUCCCAGGGUGGAAAGCUGUUCCAGUACAUGACAGCCAUUGAAGCCUACCUUGGAUCACCUAUUGGGAUUCUGUUUUUGUUGUCCAUGUUUUGGAAAGGAACCACGGAAAACGGAGCAUUCUGGGGUUUGUUUUUGGGGCACGUUUGCGGAAUCAUUCGCCUCGUUUUGGAAUUUGUUUAUCCCCAGCCGAACUGUGGGGAAGAGGAAACACGACCCGCCUUCCUCACAAUAAACUACCUAUACUUCGGUAUUAUGAUACUCGUCAUCACGACAAUUACUACUGUCUUCAUCAGUAUCUUCACUGCUAAAAGGGAAGAGGAUGAGUUAUGUGGUGUUACUUGGUGGACCAAGUAUAAGGCGCCCAAAAGCCCUCAAGAACAGAAUCUCGAACUUAUGGAUUCGCACUCUACUACGAAUACGUCAUCACGGCAGCAUGAAGAAGAUGACGACCUAGCCGUUCCUGACUCGGCAUCAUGGUUUAGACGAAUGUUCGAGGUUGUGUGUGGGAGUGCCGAGGACCAAACUACAGAAAUUGACAUUGAGCAAAGGAGAAACUUCGUUAAUCAAACAAAAUGGGCCAAACGCAUUCUUAAUGUCAAUGCCGUUAUUCUGGUUCUGAUUGUCUGCUUCCUGUCGGCAUUUUUUAACUAAUUAAACCCCAGCAAAUGUACAAUGGGACAAAAAUCACAAAUUGUCUUCUAAAGCUACUCCUGGGCUACCGUGAAGCUUGAAUACGUAAGAAUAUUACACGAUUCAUUAUCAUGCUUUUUGUUAAAUAAAAUCUCAGCAAUCAU